AUGACGGCCGCCCCGACCCCGGCUCCUCCUCCUCCCGCCCCGGAACCAGCACCAGCACCAGCACCGCCUCGAGUCCAGGUCGAGCAGACGCUCGAACAGCUCCUCCAGACCCUCCUCGAACUCGGCAUCUGCGCGAGCGACGUCCAGGAAACCGCUCUCGAGAGCUCGCCACACGGCGUCGCCAGCGGAACACCCGGUGGACUCGUCGGCAGAAAGACCCAGCAGACGAUUGAGCAGCUCGCUCGCCUCCAUUCCCUCAAGGACACGGUCGUCGACGUCAACAUCCCCAUCGAGGUCAUCAACCUCGUCGACCAGGGCAAGAACCCGCACCUGCACACCAAGAACUACAUCGAGCGCCUCUCGGGCGAGAACAUGUACACCAACGGCAUCCUGUCGGCCGUCACCGACUACCGCGACCUCCUCCGCGCCCAGCUCGGUGACGCCUUCCCCGACCUCGCCGAGUACGUCGCCGCGACGAGCGCGCCCCGGCCCGCUCCCGAGUCGUCCCUCGCCGUCGCCGCGCCGCCUGCACCUGUCGCGUCGACUGCGCCGAACGGCAUGAGCGCCGAGCACGGCGCGGUCAAUGGUGGAGGUGACGUCAAGAUGGAGGAGGUGCGGUGA